AUCUCCUUCCCUCCUCCCUUCUUCAACCAUCCAAAAAAAAAUACAUCCCACCGAAAAGAUCUUACAAUAGCGGUUUAAGUACGAAUAACUUCGUGCUUUUUUCGUUCUUCUUCGCCCUUUUCAAAUUAGAAAACCCCUCUUCUUCAAGAGAUACAAAAAAAUUUGAAAAUCAACCCACAGAAAACCCCAGAUUUGCGAUCGAUACUUAUUCUAUCGAACGUCUUUUCGAAAUACUUUCACCCUCCUCCCAAAUCAAAAACUUCUACCUCAAAAAGUCAGUCAUAUUGUGCCUUUUGUCUCGCGACACUGAUAUCAGUAUUUUCAUUCAAUACUUAUCAGUUCUGAACAGAGUUAUUCUCACGAAUUUCUACCCCUCACCCGACCCUCUUUCCACAACACAUCUCGACGUAAAGGUAGGGAUGCUACUUAGGUAGUUCUCUUGCCUUUAUACCUUCUCUCAAUAUUCCCUUUGUCAUUCCUCAUUAUUACAAAUUAUUUCACAAAAUGCGACUUUAAUAAUUUCCGUUCAACUGCUAAUUUUUGUCUUUUCAGUAAAAUUUACUCAAAAUGUCUGCCGCAACCCAAAACGCUGCUGUCGAUCAGCUCGCCUCUGACCUUAACAAUGCUUCCUUAAAUGGAGAUGCAAAUGGCGCCACUACCCUCAAUACCGAUGUUUCCAAUGUCAACUCUGAAGACCAAGAUACCGCAGGUCCUACCCCCACCAACGCCCCUCACCCACAAGCCUCGGCUUCUCUCUACGUUGGUGAACUUGACCCAUCCGUUACCGAAGCUAUGCUUUUCGAGCUCUUCUCUCAAAUUGGUUCCGUUGCUUCCAUUCGUGUCUGCCGUGAUGCCAUCACCCGUCGAUCCCUUGGAUAUGCCUACGUCAAUUACAACACCACCGUUGAUGGUGAGAAAGCUUUAGAGGAACUCAACUACACAUUGAUUAAGGGCCGCCCUUGCAGAAUCAUGUGGUCCCAACGUGAUCCAGCUCUCCGAAAGAAUGGUCAAGGAAAUGUUUUCAUCAAGAAUUUGGAUGUUGCCAUUGACAACAAGGCUCUCCACGACACAUUUGCUGCUUUCGGAAACAUCUUGAGUUGCAAGGUUGCUCAAGAUGAGUCCGGAGCUUCCAAGGGUUAUGGAUUUGUUCACUACGAGACUGAUGAGGCUGCCGCUCAAGCUAUCAAGCACGUUAACGGUAUGCUUUUGAAUGAGAAGAAGGUCUUUGUUGGCCACCACAUUCCUAAGAAGGACCGUCAGAGCAAGUUCGAGGAAAUGAAGGCAAACUUCACCAAUAUCUACGUUAAGAACAUUCCAGUUGAAGCUACCGAAGAGGAGUUCCGCGAGUUGUUUGAGAAGUUUGGUGAUGUCACUUCAGCGUCCCUUGCUCGUGACGCUGAAUCUGGCAAAAGCCGUGGUUUUGGUUUCGUCAACUUCAUCAACCAUGAGCACGCCGCUACUGCUGUUGAUGAACUUAACGGCAAGGAUUUCAAGGGUCAAGAUCUUUAUGUCGGCCGUGCCCAGAAGAAGCAUGAACGUGAGGAAGAGCUCCGCCGUUCAUACGAAGCUGCUCGCAUGGAGAAGGCUUCCAAAUAUCAAGGUGUCAACCUCUAUGUCAAGAACUUAGAUGAUGAGAUCGAUGACGAGAAGCUCCGAGAGUUAUUUGCACCAUUUGGUGCCAUUACUUCCGCCAAGGUUAUGCGUGAUACUCCUGCUGAGACCGCUGAUGCCGAGGAUAAGAAGGAGAAGGAUGAGGAGAAGAACAAGGAGAACAAGAAGGAGGGUGACGCUGAGACUGAAGAGGCUGCUGCACCAAAGGCAAAGCGUCCCCUUGGUAAGAGCAAGGGCUUCGGUUUCGUUUGCUUUAACAACCCAGAUGAGGCCACCAAGGCUGUUUCUGAUAUGAACCAGCGUAUGGUCAGCAACAAGCCACUUUACGUCGCUCUUGCUCAGCGCAAGGAUGUCCGAAAGAGUCAAUUGGAGGCCAGCAUUCAAGCUCGUAACCAAAUCCGCAUGCAACAAGCCGCCGCUCAAGCUGGUAUGCCACAACAAUACAUGCAAGCUCCAAUGUUCUUCCCUCCAGGAGCCCAACAGCCAGGUUUCCUUCCCCAAGGUGGGCGUGGUAUGCAAUUCCCACCACAAGCCGGCAUGCCCAUUCCAGGCGCUCAAGCUGGCCGACCAGGCCAAUUCCAAGCCGGUUUCCCUCCUCAACAAGCCGGUCGUGGUGCACCAUCUGGUCAGCAAAUGCCACCCAACAUGUACGGUAUGGGACCAGGUCAAUUCCCUGCCGGCGGUCAAUAUCCUCAACAAAACAACCCACAAUUCUUAGCUGCCAUGCAAGCUGCGCAAGCUGCUCAACUUUCGGCCGGUCGCGGUGGGCCAAAUGCACGUGGACCAAUGCAAGGUAUGCCACCAAACAUGGCUAUGCCUAUGGGCCAACAAGGAAUCCCACAAUUCCAACAAGGUGCUAGACAAGGUGGUAUCCCUGGUCGUGGUGCUCAAGCUGGACGUCCUGGUCAAUUUGCUGGUGGCUUCCCUCCGCAAGCAGGUCGUGGCAUGCCACAGCAAAUCCCAGGUAUGCCACAAAUGCCGCAGAUGCCUCAAGAGGGUAAUGUUCCAGCUACUUUGUUGCAAGCUCAAGUUCAAUCCGUUCCUCCUCAGCAACAGAAGCAAAUACUCGGGGAGGCCUUGUUCCCUAAAAUCCAAGUCUUGCAACCUGAGUUGGCUGGUAAGAUUACCGGUAUGUUGUUGGAGAUGGAGAACCAAGAGUUGAUUAAUCUGUAAGUUAUCCAAACAUUCCGUUACAUAUUAUGUUACUAACGACGAUAUAGUAUCGAAGACGAUGCUUCUCUCCGUGCUAAGGUUGACGAGGCACUUACCGUCUACGAUGAGUACGUUAAAAACAGAGGUGAAGGUGAAGGAGAGGCUGGUGAGGCUAAGGAGGGUGACGAGAAGGCUGAAGAGAAGGCUUAAUUGCCCACUCUCUUCUUCCACUAAUGAAUCUUUUUCUACACUUUACUUUGGCGUCUUGUGUGUCCAACUAUUCUGCUACAGUACGGAUCCGGAAAAGUUAUCUAUGCUUUGGUGGCGAUAUUUCGGUCCUGCUUUUUAUCGCAUUCGCGUUCGAAACGAUAUUUCUCUACUGGUCAAUGAAUAUUCAUCUUCUAUUCUUCAUUUAUGGAAGGGGAAAUAUUUUAACCAAACACAUGUACUCAUAGAUUACUCUUGUGCUCGACGGACCUUGCACUACUGGAUGGAGAAACAGUUUUCCUUUUCUCAUUGAAAAAUACCUACGCUUUUAACGAUUACAAUAUUUUUGCACGGUAUGGCUAGUUGACAAUGGAGGAAGAACAGCAAACUUCUUAAUUUUUUCUGCUUUUUUAUUACAUUUUUCAGUCCGUCCGAGCGAUUGAACCGAUGACGACAACCUUCAUGGGCUUUUUAUCCCUUUCCUUAUUGAUGAAUGGAUGAUGAAAUGAAAUGAGGGACAUUGGCAUGGCAAUUCCGUUUUAUGGGUGGGCAUGGAUUGGGAAAGUGACAGCGUGACCAGAAUUAGAUUAGGGUUCUAUCAUAGAUAGAUGGUGAGGGGUAGUAAAUAAGAAAGUAAAAACAUUGCAAAUUAUUUUGGGAAAUCCUAG